AAAGAGACUGGAAGGGAAGGGAAGGAGACGCCCCACUCUUGCUACGGUGGCCGGAAAGGAGUGGCAAAGCUGUGCCAUAGAAUUAUUUCUGAGACUCACAGUCGUGAUGUCUUUUAAGAGAGAGGGGGACGAUUGGAGUCAACUCAAUGUGCUCAAAAAGCGAAGAGUCGGGGACUUGCUGGCCAGUUAUAUCCCAGAGGAUGAGGCGCUGAUGCUACGGGAUGGACGCUUUGCUUGUGCCAUCUGUCCCCACCGACCUGUACUGGACACUCUGACCAUGCUGACUGCCCACCGUGCAGGCAAGAAACAUCUGUCUAGCCUGCAGCUUUUCUAUGGCAAGAAGCAGACAGGAAAGGGAAUGGAGCAGAAUCCAAGACAGCAGAAUGAAACGGAGAGGGAAGAGACCAAAGCAGAGGCUCCUCUGUUAACCCAGACUCGACUUAUAACCCACAAUGCUCUGCACAGAGCUCCUCACUAUAACAGUUGCUGUCGCCGGAAGUACAGGUCUGUGAGACCAGAAGCACCUCGUCCCUCUGUCUCGCCUUUCCCUUUGCCACCCCCAGAGGUUGAAGUCCAAAGUGAGAAGAUCAGUAGGGACCCUGAGCCUGGGGCUGGCUCACAGGCCAAGGAGUUAGCAACUGUCUCAUCCCCUGCACCUAUGAGCCCCACAAGAAGACGAGUCCUGGAUCAUUACCUCACCCUUCGAAGCUCUGGAUGGAUUCCAGAUGGACGAGGUCGAUGGGUAAAAGAUGAGAAUGUUGAGUUUGACUCUGAUGAGGAGGAACCUCCUGAUCUCCCCUUGGAAUGAUACCCUGUUUCCCCAUUUAAUUCAGAAAUAAACUACAGCGGGCGCUGGGAGCCUAACUUUUCUCAAGUCUGGUUCCUUGUCCCACUUUAGGAUUUCA